GAACGAGCACGCCCUUUUCCUUUUCUCGAGCUGCCGCCGCUGGGACGAAACUUUGCACCGCCCAACCGACACUCCUUCGACAACCCAUCUUCCAAAGGACAGUCGACAACACCGACCUUCAAGAUGCCUGCGACUUCCGUCCCCACCAACGACCAGAUCCUGGUCCCCGAGACCCUUCUCAAGAAGCGCAAGUCGCAGGAGAAGGCUCGCGCUGAGAGGUCGGCCGAGAUUGAGAAGAAGAAGAAGGCCAACAAGGAGAAGCGUGGCGUCAUCUUCAAGCGUGCUGAGAAGUACGUUCAGGAGUACCGCGAUGCGGAGCGCGAGAAGAUCCGCCUGGCUCGUGUUGCCAAGCAGAGCGGCGACUUCUACGUCCCUGCUGAGGCCAAGCUGAUCUUCAUCGUCCGUAUCAAGGGUAUCAACAAGAUUGCCCCCAAGCCCCGCAAGAUCCUCCAGCUGCUCCGUCUGCUGCAGAUCAACAACGGUGUCUUCGUCCGCGUCACCAAGGCCAUCACCGAGAUGAUCAAGGUCAUUGAGCCCUGGGUCGCCUACGGUUACCCCAACCUGAAGAGCGUCAAGGAGCUCAUCUACAAGCGUGGAUACGGAAAGGUCAACAAGCAGCGUGUCGCCCUUACCGACAACUCCAUCAUCGAGGAGAGCCUCGGCAAGUACGGCAUCAUCUGUGUCGAGGAUCUGAUCCACGAGAUCUACACCGUCGGCCCCAACUUCAAGCAGGCCGCCAACUUCCUGUGGCCCUUCAAGCUGUCCAACCCCAACGGUGGCUUCCGCCCCCGCAAGUUCAAGCACUUCAUCGAGGGUGGUGACCUGGGCAACCGUGAGGAGAACAUCAACGCUCUCAUCCGCCAGAUGAACUAAGUAUAACCUACUUGGUCGCGGUGGUUGUUUUUUUCGGGCUUGGGUUUUUCUAUGGAUUGGAACGGUACUCGGACAUGGAUGCACGGCGUUAAAUGAGAAAAAGUCUGCUUGCUUUCCGGAAAAAGACUCAAAUAUUCCAUCCUACAGCAUCCCUGUACCUUCCUGUGACUUGUCACCUCCUGUUGGGAACCAUGCGUGGUAGCAAGGUCAAGUAAUAUAAUACCGCGGUUCACUGCCUCUG